CUCACCUCCGCUCUCGGCCGUCGCCAAACCCUUAUCGACGGAAGGCGAAAUCGCCGCCGCCCUCAACCAUCUCCGUAGAUCCAAUCCCCUCCUACUCCUAGCAUCCCUGAUCGAUCGCCACAACCCGCCCAAAUUUGACACCAGCAAGCCCCCAUUCACCUUCCUAUCCAGAGCCUAGAAGCAUCAUCUUCCAAUAGCUCGCCACCAAAAAUGCCGCGCAAUCGAUCUAAGCUCGCUUCCUCGCACUUUGCGGCGGCGGAGGGGAGAUCCGCCCGGACGCUGUGCUGGCGCUGACCGCAUCGCAGCUGCGGGAGGUCGGGGUAUCGGGUCAGAAAGCGGGUUACCUGCACGACCUAGCGGGGGAAGUUCAGGGAUGGGCUGCUGUUGGAUUCGGUGAUCCUAGAGAUGACUGAGGAAGCGCUGCUGGAGAGGCUGACGGCGGUGAAGGGGAUUGGGGUUUGGCCGGUGCACAUGUUUAUGUUGUUCUCGAUGCACGGGCCGGAUGUGCUCCCCGUGGGGGAUUUGGGAGUGAGGAAGGGCGUGAAUAGCUUGUACGAGCUGAAUGGUUUGCCGGAGGCGGCGGAGAUGGAGAAGGUUUGUGAAAAGUGGUGGUCGUAUCGGUCCGUCGAGGAUUGGUACAUGUGGAGGCUGGUGGAUGCCAAUGUCGCCGCGGGGAAAGCUGCUACCAACGAGGAAGCAUUGUCAUUGCUUUGUGAGUCCAUUGGCUAUGGCCUCCAUCCCUCCCUCGUUGCCGGUGAACUGGAGGAAGAGGAGGCAGGAUGGAAGACUUGAGUAAUGUGGAUGUGUUAUAGGUUUAGGGAUUUAAUUAGAGGGGCAUGUUCUGUGGUUGGGUCUGGUUAGAGGACUUGGUUAGUUCAGGUAGGGGGUGUUCAAAUGGUUACCAUGGUAAUUACCAAACCAAAUAAGCAUAAAUUUUAUUAAUUAAGGAAUACAAUAUCAUAACCAAACCGUCCAAACUAAUACAACAACCAAAUUAACCAAAUUAAAGUUUAAUCGGUUUGGUUAAAUGGUUAACUGAAAUAACUAAUAUAAUAUCACAUGAUCAUUAAGUGAGAAAAUUUUCCAUUUAGUGAAUCAAUUUGCUAUUUAUAUAAUGAAUAACACAUAAUUAUAGUUAAUCCUUAGCAUAAGUACAUGUAAAAAUACAAUUAUCUUACAUUUAACUCUUGAAUGGUUGUGCAAAGUAUUAAGAUGUGUAUAUAAUAUACGUUAGAUAUUUGGCUACUUACUUAACUAGUUAAUUUGGUUUGAUUGGUUAGGAGUGUCUAAAAUCAAACCACCUAAACCAAACAAGCUAAAAGAUUUAACCAAACCAUUUAUCCAAAUCAACCAAACCAAAUUAACCAGAUACUACCGGUUAAAACAGUUACCACGGUAACAACACUGUUUGAACACCCCUAGGUUCAGGUGACAUGGCGGGUCGGGUCUGGCUAUUUUUGGAUUAAAUAGGGCUGAUUAGAUGAUUUUUCUGCCACGUCAGCACUUAACGGACUACGUUAACGGAGAUGGACGACAACUAACGGAGAGUGACCAUAUGUGCACGUUUUUAUUAAAUUAAGUUAUCACUAAUGGGUUUAAUUAUUUCCGGUGACCAAAUAUGAACAUUUUUUGUAAUCUCAUCAACCAACGAUGCAAUUUACCCAAAACUAUUCAGUGCUUCGGGGGAGUUCGAAAAAGGUCUGAUAGUUGACAUCAAAGAUGUAGUCAUCGAUUCUCUCCAACGUCCAAACAAUGAAUUCCAACUUCUCAUCCAUCACCUCCAGUUAUUGUUGGAUAUAUUUAGGUACUUCCACAAGUUUUGUAUAAUAUCAUAUGUAAGUUCACCUUUGAUAGCCAAGUAGUGUGCGUCGUCUUUCCAUAGGAAGUGAGCAAGUGCGCGAAACCUGGAAUGUCCAUCUGGACCUGGGAUGAAGUAGCCUGUCAUGAGAUCCUAAACAAACUUUGAAAUUUUUUGAUCCGUAUGAUAGUACUAUUGUUGCUUGGGAGGAUCCUACUAUUUAUCAGGAGUCUGCCAGCCUAUAUUCAUAGAGGAAUAUAAUCUUAUUUGCAUACGUCAUACAAAAGUAGAUGGCCAUGUAACACAAAUCCAAAUAACUGAGAUAUUUAGAUUUUUAUGCUCGUCUCGGAAGUCAUCAUCAUAUACAUGAUAGAAACCGAUCAUCAUCAGGUGAUAGAACCGAGGAUUUGGAUCUAGGGAUAAGAAAUUAGGGGAUCAAUUGGGGAUUGAUCUCCCAAUUAAAACUAAGGAUUGGGGAUUGGAGAAGUGAUUUAGAAGGAGGGGUAGAAGAAUAAGAUGCGGCAGCAACUAGAAAAAAGAGAGGUGAGGUCGGCUAGAGGGAGGGAGAGGGAGAAAUAUAGGAAUAAGACUCAAUUAGAUUU